AUGUCUAAAACUACUCCUACCAAUACUGCCAUUUCAGCUCCUGUACAGAAGUCUAACGCUAAGAAGAAGACGACAAAAAAGGCUGGUGUGACAAAGUGUGGCGGCGUGUCCCUGGCUGCCCUUAAGAAGGCGCUGGCUGCCCAUGGCUACAAUGUAAAGAAGAACACCCGCCACAUCAAGCCUGGGCACAGGAGACCAGUGGGCAAAGGUGCCCCCGUGCAGACCAAAGGUGCCGGCGUCUCGGGGUUUGUCAAGCUUAACAAAAAGGCUGCUUUUGGCGAGGCCAACUCCAAGGCUAAGAAAAGCAAGACCGGGGAUGCCAAGACCAAGAAGCCUGCAGGUACCACCCUGAAAAAUCCUAAGAAUAGUGCAGGGGCAAAGAAGACUGUGAAGAAAACUCCAGAGAAAGCAAAGAAGCCUGAGGCAGCUGAAGUAAAGAAAGUUGCCAAAACUCCUAAGAAGGCCAAGGCUGCUGCCAAGCCUAAAAAGGCAGCAGAGAGCCGGGCAAAGCCCAAGGAGGUGAAGUCUAAGGCAUCCAAACCUAAGGUAACCAAGCCCGAGACAGCCAAGCCUAAGGCUGCCAAGGCAAAGGAGGCUGUUUCCAAAAAGAAGUAG